CAGAACUGUCUUCAUAUGGUUUAAAUAGUCGAGGCGCAGAGCGAAUUCAACUUUGCAAGAUGGCAACUAGUACUUGUUCCAUGAUGAUCAUUCUCCACUUGUUUUUAGUACUUCUGGUUACAGGAUCGUCAGUGCUCGCGAUAGAAGAUUUUGGCGAGGAGACUACAACAAUGAGCGUAUUUAUUGAUAUGAAUCCUGAAGCUUAUCCAGAUCCUUCUUCACCUUCACCAGAAACUCCUGACACAACGAUGAAGCCUACCAGUAUCUUGAAGGACCUGGAACAAGUGGCCUGGAAGAUCGUUCAGUUCGAGUGGAAUGUGACUUCGGCGCUUCAAAGGAAGCUGGGUGGUGGGCCACUGGUCAAGGCGAUCCGGAUGCGAUCCGAAGUCGAGCCAGCGCUAGCCCGGAUCGUAGGCCUCGUGGAGGGGAGAAUACUCAGCAACAGUUUCCGAAAAAAAUAAUAAUAAUUUAUGAAUUUGAAUUUUGUUGUUCAAUAAA